AUUUUACAUAGUAUUAUUGUGCUGUGCAUUUUACUACCGGAAAAAUGGCUGCAGCAAAUUUAGUCCGAAGCGCUUUAAGUGGUUUAUUACGAAAAUCUGUUGCAUAUAGAACACCGGUAGUAUGUCGACUUUCAACAGUAGCUUUGCAGCAAAAAUUCCAAACAGUGAAAUCAUAUUGUAAUUUACACAAUGACCACAUAUUACAAAAUGAGGUACAAUGUCAGCGAAUACGGCAAUACUCUGGUGCGCAGACUAAGCUUUCAUCGCAGCAAAUUGAGGAGCGAGUCAUGAAAGUGUGCAAGGCUUACGACAAACUCAGUGUCAGUCAGCUGAAAGUAGAUUCCCACUUUAUGACUGACCUGGGACUUGAUUCACUGGACCAUGUUGAGGUCAUCAUGGCAAUGGAGGAUGAAUUUGGUUUUGAAAUUCCUGAUGCUGAUGCAGAGAGGCUGGUUAGACCACGAGACAUAAUACAAUACAUUGCUGACAAAGAGGAUGUCUUUGAAUAAUGUUCAUUGCAAUCAUAGCCACUCAAAUGUCUUACAUCAACUGCUGGAAAUAAUAUAGAACCAAUACUUCAGUUUAUUUUUUAUUUAUAAAGUUGGUGUUAGACAUCAUCUUAGUGUUUAGUUUGGAUUUAACUUUUUUUUUAUGUGAAUUGGGCCCAUUGUUAUCUGGAAGUUGUGUCAUACUAAGUGUUAAUUUUUUUAUGGAUUAUAUGCCCAUUAGAGAUCAUUUGUUUUUCAUUUGGUCUAUACAAAAAAUUGUUUUAGUAUUGUUUAUAUAAAUUAAUUACACUUAAAUUCAAAGAUUUAAUACUUUAUAGAAUUUGUUAAUUUGGUACCAUCCUAUUACAAUUAUCACAUAACCUUUAUGAUACUUAAUUAUACCAAAACAUCCUAAUGUUAUAAGUAAAUAAAGCAUUUAAGUCAACCUGUAUAUUGAUGAUUUGCCACAUUAAUACCAAGCAAUCCAACACACACUAAAGUUAUUUAAAA